UCCAUAUGCCUUACUUUUUGACUUAUAAAAUAAAACCCAUUAAUGAGAGAGAGAAAGCAAACGCAAAAAAGUCUGGCUUUCCUUCUUUCUUCUUCUUGGUUUUGUGGUUAAGGAAACAGAGAUUGUUGGAGACAUUCAGUUUUGGGUUUUGCAAGGUAUUUGAAACAGGAAGAAACUUUCUAUGUGCAGUGGUUCCAAGAGGAAACCAACUCAAUCUGGGUUUGUAAUGGAGGGCGAAGCUCCUAAACAGGACGGAUUUUUAAAAAAAUUUCCUCUUUUGCAUGAGCUAUCGGCCUCGGAUGAUCUGAUUGGCUUCAAGAGAGCGGUUGAGGAGGAGGGUCGUGAUAUUGACGAGCCAGGCUUAUGGUAUGGCCGGAGAAUGGGUUCAAAGAAGAUGGGUUUUGAAGAAAGGACACCCCUUUUGAUUGCUGCCAUGUUUGGUAGCAAGGAUGUUUUGAGUUAUAUCAUUGAAAGCGGUCGUGUUGAUGUAAAUAGGGCUUCUGGGUCAGAUGGUGCGACUGCACUUCACUGUGCUACUGCUGGUGGCUCUCCUGCUUCUCCUGAGGUUGUCAAGCUCUUGCUUGGUGCUUCUGCUGAUACCAAUUCUGUUGAUGCUAAUGGGAACCGGCCUGCUGACUUGAUUCUACCGGCUUAUAAUUCUGCUUUCAGUUCAAGGAAGAAGGUGUUGGAGAUUUUGCUGAAAGGCAGUACCAGUGUUGGUGAAGCUGAUGGUUUGCCUGAUCCACUGGGUAAUGAAGUGGAGGGGUCAGAACAGAUUGAGACUCUUACACCAAGGACAUCAAAAGAAGGGGCUGAGAAGAAAGAAUAUCCUGUUGAUCUUACCCUUCCAGACAUAAAAAAUGGAAUAUACGGGACAGAUGAAUUUAGGAUGUAUACUUUCAAAGUCAAGCCUUGCUCAAGGGCUUAUUCUCAUGACUGGACAGAAUGCCCAUUUGUUCAUCCUGGGGAGAAUGCCCGGAGGCGUGAUCCCAGGAAGUAUCAUUAUAGCUGUGUCCCGUGCCCAGAAUUUCGGAAAGGGUCUACUUGCAGGCAGGGCGAUAAUUGUGAAUAUGCACAUGGUAUUUUUGAGUGUUGGCUUCAUCCUGCCCAGUACAGAACACGUCUCUGCAAAGAUGAGACUAAUUGCACUCGGAGGGUAUGUUUCUUUGCUCACAAGCCUGAGGAGCUUAGGCCAUUGUAUGCUUCAACAGGUUCUGCCAUGCCUUCUCCAAGAUCAUAUUCAGCUAGUGCUUCUUCCCUGGACAUGGGUUCAAUAAGCCCCCUUGGUCUUGGUUCUCCAUCCAUCAUGAUUCCUCCUUCAUCAACACCACCCUUGACCCCUACUAGUGCCUCUUCUUCCGUUGGUGGUGCCAUGUGGCAACAGCCAAAUAUCGCACCUCCUACUUUGCAACUUCCUGGCAGUAGGUUGAAAACCGCAUUAAGUGCUAGGGAUAUGGAUUUAAAUUUGGAAUUAAUCGGGCUGGAAAAUCAUCGCAGACGGUGGCAGCAGCAGCUAAUUGAUGAGUUAUCUGGUCUUUCUUCCCCAUCUGGUUGGAAGAACCCUUUGUCCACUCCUACAGCCUUUUCAGCCUCUGCUGAUCGAACUGGUGAAUUGAAUCGGCUUGGAGGAAUGAAGCCGACUAACCUUGAAGAUAUUUUUGGCUCCCUAGACCCUUCUAUUUUGCCUCAAUUACAAGGAAUCUCACUUGAUGGUACAGCCCCUCAGCUGCAGUCUCCAACUGGUAUGAUGCUCCAGAAUAUUAAUCAGCAGCAUCGUUCUAGCUACCCAACCAGCCUCUCAUCAUCUCCUGUAAGGGCCUCUCCAUCCUUUAGCAUGGAUCCACCUGGGGCUGCGUCAGCUGCCUUUGCAAAACGUAGCCAGAGCUUUAUUGAGCGAACGGCUGUGAAUCGUCAUUCUGGAUUUUCUUUGCCAGCUUCUUCAGCAACUACAGCUCAUUCUAACCUUUCAGACUGGGGCUCCCCUGAUGGUAAAUUGCACUGGGGCAUACAGGGAGAAGAGCUGAACAAACUAAGAAAGUCUGCUUCUUUUGGAUUACGAAACAACGGCAGCAAUUUUGGUAAUGCUGCAGCCUCCAUGCUACAAACUGAUGAUGAGCCGGACGUGUCUUGGGUUCAGUCCCUUGUGAAGGACACUCCUCCAGCCAGGCAGUUUAGUUCUGAUGAGCAGCAGCAGCAGUGUCAUCUUAACACCAGAGGCUCUGAGAUGCCCCCUUCUUGGGUGGAUCAAAUGUACAGCGAGCAGGAGCAGAUGGUGGCUUAACCAAAAUCGGCCCCCCACCAUUAUCUCCUAAUUUUAACCUUAUAAUAAUUACUUUUCUUUUUGCUAUUUUUUGAAUUAUUAUCAAAAUUUAUCAUUGAAAAGUGCAAGGGAAAUGGAGAGGGGAAAGCUGUAUACAUCUAUGGAGAAUACCGAGUUUUAGCAGAAUAAAAGGUUUCUGGUAAAACAGUUUUAGGCACUUCUCAGGAAUAAUAGCCAUCAAUCUGAUUUAUGUAGUUCAAUAUUCUUUCCAAGAUUAAUUAUAAACUUCAUUUGCAUGUACUGAAAGCUAUUGUGCUCAAGAAUGAAUUCUGCUUUAUUUU